UUCACACUCACUACGAUAUGUUUUGUUAAUUAAUUAGUUAAUUAAUUAAAGCCUACUCAUCACUGUAUUCAUGCUAUCCAACUUUACACUGAGAAGAACACAAAGUGCAGAAUACACGGAUAAUUAUAACAAAAAUGACUCAGUGAUACAAUUUGCACAACCGGAUAGUAUUAUUGCUACAGAUAUACCAGGAGAUGCGAUAACAAAAGUCAGACAUAGAGGCAUCAAGCCAGCGUCUGUUGAGAUUAGAGUUAAGUUUACCUGGUUUAAAUGUCGGUGAUAGGCUGAAGACAUGUGAAUUCAAUAAUAACCAUGCACACUCAUACAUUAAAUGCUCAUGUAAUUUAGCGUCUUGUUGGGGUAGCAGCAGUAACCAUAUCUCAGGAAGAAACUUCAAUCGUAAUUCUAAAUCUGAAGUUGACGGAAGCAUUAUGAUACCGUUAGAAAAUUUAAAUAAAAACGACAAUGAACAAUGGAUUAAGACAGACGAUAAAAAGCAGCCUGAAAAUGGUGAAAUAUGGUUUCGGACAACUUCCUCUCGGUUUCAAAUUAGUGUUAUUUUAAGAAGAAAUAAAUGUGACAGUCGUCGUGGUCAACACCACGAAGGCGAGAAACAUAAGGCCUUAUUCAACACUGAACAUGUAUCAAAAUGUUCAGUUUACUUGACGUCAGACUUUGUCUCUUCAUCAUCAUCCUCAUCCUCAUCGUCAUCAUCAACUACAACACUGUCUUCGGAACACCACUGAAUAGUUGUCAUUACUAGUAUUAUUGGGAUUCGGGUGAAUUAAAACAUCCCAUUACUAUUAGAGGAAGUUUUCUAUUGCUGAGUAAUGAUACUCUGAGAAUUUAUCUGAGUAUAUUCGGAGCAAAGCAGUGUAAACCAGUAUGGUCUAGAGAUGAUUUGUUGGAGCUGGAACAAACUUGUCAAUACAAACUGAUCAAAAGAGACCAGAGCGCAUUGAAUUUCAACAAGGAAAGAGCACACAGUUUUGACAAUAUUCGAGAAUUUAACAAACGACAUUUUGAUGAAGCGUUGACAGUGUCAGAAUCAAAAAGUGAUCACGUGAGAGGUUGGUUAAUUAGCGCGUUAUCAAUCAAGUGAUAGUUUUCCACUUAGUUUACCUGCAGAUUUUCACAUAAACAUAAAUUGUGAAGCAGUUCAGACAACCAUCGCUUCCGAUUUGUGAUUUAACAAAUUUACACAUAUGGCAUAGACUUUUGCUUUGUAAUACUCUAGAAAUAAUAAUAUUCAUACUUUGAUUAUAAAUUAAUAUCUCCUAAGUUAAUUGUGGAGAUUGCUAAUCAAAGGCACUUGCUCUUUCUGCUUUCACUCAA